CGCACGCACACUCACUCAAUCACUCACACACACCUGCACGACCUCCUCACUCACUCAUCUACACCCUCAUCUUCUCCUCAUCCACAACAGCAAACAUGAACGGCAUCUGCAACGGGAACGUCAACGACACCGUGGAACAUCGCAAGACGUCCAUAGUGUACUGCAAGCACGAGACGUCCCGCAAAGAUGCGGAGGACAAAUCGCACCUCCCCGCGUUGGAAGCCGCUUACACCAGCAUUCUGCGGGAGCUCGGCGAGGACACGGACCGACAGGGGCUGCUGCGCACGCCGCUGCGCGCCGCCAAGGCGAUGCAGUUCUUCACCAAGGGCUAUCACGAAAACGUCGACGACAUCUUAAACAACGCCAUGUUUGAUGAAGACCAUGAUGAGAUGGUGAUUGUGAAGGACAUCGAUAUGUUUUCGCUCUGUGAGCAUCAUCUAGUGCCCUUUUUUGGCAAGGUUCAUAUUGGGUAUGUGCCAAAUAAAAAGGUGGUGGGACUCAGCAAGCUGGCAAGGAUUGUGGAUAUUUUCAGUCGGAGGCUUCAGGUUCAAGAGCGGCUGACGAAGCAGAUUGCCAUGGCAAUAUCUGAUGCUCUGCAGCCAAAAGGUGUAGCUGUGGUUAUUGAAGCAGCGCACAUGUGCAUGGUAAUGCGUGGCGUCCAGAAGAUGAACAGCCGCACAAUAACAAGCACCAUGUUGGGAAUUUACCUUGAUGAUCCCAAGACCCGAGAGGAGUUCCUGAAUCUUACACAUUACACCUAACCACUGAUGUUCACGUCUCUGUAUGCAGUUGCACCUGUAAAUGUCUGGAGUCAUUCUGAUUCUCCAUCUGACUUUCUGACCAUCUGAGUAAGAUCUCAGACCAGAUGCAGCUGCUUUUUCAUGCAGGUUCUAGGCCAACACUGGAGCCCACCUGACGACACCAAAGCCUGAAAUAUUUCUGUUCAUUUCCACAAAAUUUGAAAUAUUGGCCUCACAGUGCCUUUGGUAGGUAUUUUACAGUCUUGAAUGGCAAUAUUGUUUUUAUAAAGUUUAAAACCCGAGUGCUAUGUUGUCACAAUAUUCAACAUUUUUUUCCACAAUUUCUUUGGUGCUUUUGCAAAGAGAUACAGACUCAUGCUUGUGCACUCUAUUUUUAAUCAUUUAAUGUUAAUACUUUUUCACACUGGCUCCACUCUGCGUACAUUUAUGAAGUUGUUGUAAUAUAUAACAUUUUUAACCUUUUAUUUAAUGUCUAUAGUUGACGACUAUAUAGAAGACUAAAUUAUGCACUGUGUAGACAUUUUUGUUUAUUUGUGACCACUUUAUAAUUCUUUGCUUAAAUAAAAUUAUGAAUUGAAAAUG